AUGGUUAAAGUAUCGCGCCUGGUGAUACUGCACGAGGAAGCUGAAGAUGGCAACGCGAUGCCCGACUUGGCGCGGCCGGUUCAGGCCGUGUCGCUCGCCGUCAACAACUUGGUCAAGGUUGGACAUGAAACCAUAGAAUCAUCAGACGAUGUAGUCCUCCGCACAGACAUGCCGGGUGCUCUGCGCAGGGUGGAGGGCGCGGCCACCUUGCUGCAGCAGGCCUCCGACAUGCUGAGGGCUGACCCGUACUCCGGCCCUGCCAGGAAAAAGCUCAUUGAAGGCUCCCGUGGAAUCCUCCAAGGGACAUCAGCGUUGCUACUCUGUUUCGAUGAGUCGGAAGUGAGGAAAAUAGUCAAAGAAUGCAAGAAGGUUCUGGAUUACCUCGGAGUGGCCGAGGUCAUAGACACGAUGGAGGACUUGGUGCAGUUCCUGCGAGACAUUUCACCCGCGCUCUCCAAAGCCGCCAGGGAGGUGGCGGCGCGCGCGUCGGAGCUGACGCACCCGCCGCACGCGGAGACGCUGGCGCGCUGCCUGGAGAGCGUCAAGCGUCUGGCGCCCGUGCUCAUCUGCGCCAUGAAGAUAUACAUACACAUCCUCGCCGAGGCCAACGGAGGCAAAGGUAUUGAAGACGCGGCUGAGAACAGGAACUACUUGGCGCAGAGGAUGGCUGAUGAGAUACAUGAAAUUAUUCGGUAGCUAUUGUUUCUUUUAAUCAUGU